CGGAAACUGCUUCCGCGUUUGACAGUAAACAGAAUCUGGGCUCAAGAGUUCUGUUUUCAAACAUGGAUCACCGCACUUUCCUCGUUUUAGCGUUUUUAUUCUCCAACACAGUGUCACAGUUUGUACCGCCGUUUACAGAAGACUGUCGGACGGCCAUGUAUCCACCCAGCGGCCCCACGUUCAGAGGAGCUGUGCGUUGGUACACGGUGGACCUGGACUUGCCACCGAGCAAGAGAUGGGCCCCUCUGAUCGCAGAGAGGAAAAAUGACCUGGUCAGCAUGAUUCAAGCCAUCAAGGACAUGGCUAAUGCUUUUGUGCCCAGUGGACGGCUGAUAGAACUGGUUGACAUUGCGCUGCCUUUAAUGGCGGACACGUUACCAAGCCCGUUUGGUGAGGAAAUCAAAGGAAUUGCAGAUGCUUCAGGGGUUCCUCUUGGUGAGGUUGUCUUGUUCAAUAUUUUCUACGAGGUGUUCACAGUCUGCACCUCAGUUGUUGCAGAGGACAGCAAAGGCAACCUCCUUCAUGGUAGAAACUUAGAUUUUGGAUUAUUUCUGGGCUGGGAUGUGAAGAACAAGUCGUGGACCAUCAGUGAGAAGCUGAAGCCUCUGGUGGUGAACCUGGACUUCAAGAAAAACAACCAGACGGUCUUCAAGUCGACCAACUUUGCUGGAUAUGUGGGCAUGCUCACCGGCAUCAAGCCCCAUAUGUUCACCCUGACUAUGAAUGAGCGUUUCAGCCUUGAUGGAGGGUACAUUGGGAUCCUGGAGUGGAUCUUGGGACAAAGAGACGGGAUGUGGAUGAGCUUUCUGACUCGAACUGUUCUAGAAAAAGCAAACAGCUACGAGGAAGCUAAAAAACUUCUGGCUGAGACCAAGCUGCUCGCUCCAGCGUACUUCAUCCUCGGGGGAAACCAAACGGGGCAGGGGUGCAUCAUCACCCGCUCCAGGACACUAAGUAUUGAUGUGUUGGAGAUCGACCCAAAGCUGGACCGCUGGUACGUCCUGGAGACAAACUACGACCACUGGAAGGAGCCAUUUUUCCUGGACGACCGCAGGACUCCCGCCAUGAGAUGCAUGAACCAGACCACACAGACGAACAUCUCUGUGAGCACGCUGUAUGACAUGCUUUCAACCAAACCAAUGUUAAACAAGCUGACCACUUACACAACUCUGAUGCAAGUGUCUGAAGGGAAGCUGGAGUCAUACAUCCGGGACUGUCCGAACCCCUGCAUGCCCUGGUGAUCUAAGGAAUCCUUUGGAUCCGUUUGAGAGGCCUGACUGAUUAUGGCACAAAAAAAAAAGCUUUAACUGCACAACUAGUGAUGUGAAACUGUCAAUUAUUUGUCUUUUUUUUUUUUUUUAUAGUAGGUUUAACCUUUAAGAAUCCUUAAUCGUUUGUGCCAAAGAAACAAAACUGCCUGUAAAGAGAAUUUCGUUGUUUUUACUGUCAUUUGUUGUAUUGUUUGCUGUGGAGGCCACUGGCUGAGUGACGCUCAGAUGUUUCGUGUGAGGUUGAUCCUGUUCAGGGUCACAGAUAAUUCCAAAUAUACAGAGAUAUAAAAGUGAGAACAGUUCAAGAUCAUGUUUUUCUUUUCUACUACAUGUCGUUUAUUUCACUAAUAUUGAAAAAAGGUUGUUUCCUUAGUGUCUGAUUGAAUAAAAGUUGCCAGAUUUGA